AUGAAACUUCAAAUUAAUAUUGUCUAACUUGCAUUCCUGGAUAAAAUAGAGUUCUUUCAGAUAAUCUCAAUUGUGAUUGCAAAGAAAAUUAUGGUGAUUUUGAUGGCACUUCAGAUAUUUGUCUUAGUAUUUUUAUAAAUUAUAUUUAGUCUGUGAUUAUACUUGUGGAGUAUGUAAUGAUUUUGGUCCCACUCAUUGCACCUCAUGUUUAGAAAGCUCAAAUAGAUAUUUAACAGCUUCAGGAGAAUGCUAAUGUAAAACAUCAUAUUUUGAUGAUCAAACAGAAAACAUAGAAUGUUAAAGUAUUAAUAAAUAUUAAUCCUAGAAUGUCAUUAUUCAUGUUUAAGAUGUGCCAAUACCAUCGAAGAAAAUGCAUGUGUAGAAUGUCCUGCAACUAGAAAGCCUAGUGAUCCAUUAGCCACUUAAUUUCAAUGUGUUUGUGAAUUUUCAAACUACUUUGAUGAUGGAUUAUCACCAACCUGUCUAUAAUGUGAUAGUUCCUGUCUAACCUGCUAUGGUCCUCUUUCAGCUAACUGCCUAACUUGUGAUCCAACAUAUAGAGAAUUUGAUUUAUCAUAAUGUCUAUGUCCACCAGGAUAUUUUGAUGUUGGAUAAUUAGAAUGUGCAAGUAAAUCGAUAUUAAACAUUAUAAGAAUGUCACUAUUCUUGUUUUUAAUGCUUUGAUAAUACAGCUGAAGGUUGUGUAAAUUGUUCAAUUGAUUUUCAUCUUAGAGUGUUAAAAGGAAAUACUUGCAAAUGCAUAGAUGGAUAUUAUGAUGAACCAGGAACAUCUAAAUGCUAAAGUAAUUAUGAAGAUAUUUGUAUAAUAGAAUGCUCAUAUAAAUGCGAAACUUGUUAAGAUUAAGCUGAAAAAUGUUUGAGUUGUCCUUUAAAUUCAUUGCGUACUUUUGAUUCCACUUUGGGUUGCCCUUGUCCAGGAGAGUAUUAUGAUUAAGUAAAUGUGAUUACAUGUUAAAGUAACAUAAAAAUAUAUUAGAGAAUGCCAUUUCAAAUGCAAAACUUGUAAUGCCUAAACAGAAAGCUCAUGUCUCUCAUGUGAUCCAUUAUCAUAUAGAGAAAUUAAGCUUUAAUAAUGUAAAUGCUAACCACAUUAUUUUGAAAUGGAAGUUUAGGAAUGCACGAGUAAUUAUUAAACCCAAAUUUAGUUUGUAGUGCCCUCUGUUACGAAUGUGUUGGCAAUUUUGAAAAUUGUACAUCAUGCUCUGAUGAUAGAUAUCUAGUUGGAAAUAAAUGUUUAUGUGCUUCUAAGUUUUAAGGAGCUUCAAUAAGUACAUUUGAAUUUAAUGGUAUGGUCAAAUGCUAAAGUAUAUCUUCAUAUAAAUGUUAGAGUGCCACUAUUCUUGUGCAACAUGUGGAGGAGUAGAGGAAAAGGAUUGCAUAACUUGUAUUGACACAGAUAAUAGGUACUAAGUAGGUAAUACUUGUGUCUGUAAAGAAGGAUAUUAUGAUGCAGGAUUGCCUGUUUGUUAAAGUAUUUAUCGAUUGUUAUCAAUAGAAUNUGCAAAGAAAAUUAUGGUGAUUUUGAUGGCACUUCAGAUAUUUGUCUUAGUAUUUUUAUAAAUUAUAUUUAGUCUGUGAUUAUACUUGUGGAGUAUGUAAUGAUUUUGGUCCCACUCAUUGCACCUCAUGUUUAGAAAGCUCAAAUAGAUAUUUAACAGCUUCAGGAGAAUGCUAAUGUAAAACAUCAUAUUUUGAUGAUCAAACAGAAAACAUAGAAUGUUAAAGUAUUAAUAAAUAUUAAUCCUAGAAUGUCAUUAUUCAUGUUUAAGAUGUGCCAAUACCAUCGAAGAAAAUGCAUGUGUAGAAUGUCCUGCAACUAGAAAGCCUAGUGAUCCAUUAGCCACUUAAUUUCAAUGUGUUUGUGAAUUUUCAAACUACUUUGAUGAUGGAUUAUCACCAACCUGUCUAUAAUGUGAUAGUUCCUGUCUAACCUGCUAUGGUCCUCUUUCAGCUAACUGCCUAACUUGUGAUCCAACAUAUAGAGAAUUUGAUUUAUCAUAAUGUCUAUGUCCACCAGGAUAUUUUGAUGUUGGAUAAUUAGAAUGUGCAAGUAAAUCGAUAUUAAACAUUAUAAGAAUGUCACUAUUCUUGUUUUUAAUGCUUUGAUAAUACAGCUGAAGGUUGUGUAAAUUGUUCAAUUGAUUUUCAUCUUAGAGUGUUAAAAGGAAAUACUUGCAAAUGCAUAGAUGGAUAUUAUGAUGAACCAGGAACAUCUAAAUGCUAAAGUAAUUAUGAAGAUAUUUGUAUAAUAGAAUGCUCAUAUAAAUGCGAAACUUGUUAAGAUUAAGCUGAAAAAUGUUUGAGUUGUCCUUUAAAUUCAUUGCGUACUUUUGAUUCCACUUUGGGUUGCCCUUGUCCAGGAGAGUAUUAUGAUUAAGUAAAUGUGAUUACAUGUUAAAGUAACAUAAAAAUAUAUUAGAGAAUGCCAUUUCAAAUGCAAAACUUGUAAUGCCUAAACAGAAAGCUCAUGUCUCUCAUGUGAUCCAUUAUCAUAUAGAGAAAUUAAGCUUUAAUAAUGUAAAUGCUAACCACAUUAUUUUGAAAUGGAAGUUUAGGAAUGCACGAGUAAUUAUUAAACCCAAAUUUAGUUUGUAGUGCCCUCUGUUACGAAUGUGUUGGCAAUUUUGAAAAUUGUACAUCAUGCUCUGAUGAUAGAUAUCUAGUUGGAAAUAAAUGUUUAUGUGCUUCUAAGUUUUAAGGGGCUUCAAUAAGUACAUUUGGAUUUAAUGGUUUGGUUAAAUGCUAAAGUAUAUCUUCAUAUAAAUGUUAGAGUGCCAUUAUUCUUGUGCAACUUGUGGAGGAGUAGAAGAAACAGAUUGUAUAUCUUGUAUUGACACAGAUAAUAGGUAUUAAGUAGGUAAUACUUGUGUUUGUAAAGAAGGAUAUUAUGAUGCAGGAUUGCCUGUUUGUUAAAGUAUUUAUCAAUUGUUAUCAAUAGAAUGCAGUUACAAAUGUAAAGGAUGCUCAAAAUAAUCUGAAUAUUGUACUUCUUGUUAAGAUAACAGUUUAAGAUAAUUAGUUUCGGAUUUCAAAACAUGCAAAUGCAUUUAAAAGUAUUACGAUGAUGGAUAACAUGAAGUUUGCUAAUGUAUAUAUUUUAAAUAUGAUUAAUUAGAAUGCCAUUACUCAUGCCUUAGAUGUAAUGACAUUGAUACAAAAUGUGAAUUAUGCUCAUUUGAAUCAAAUAGAAUUUACAAUGAUCAACUAUUUUCUUGUGAUUGCAACGUUGGUUACUAUAAUAGUGGAGUUGAAAUCUGUUAAAAAUGUCAUUAUUCCUGUUUAAAUUGUAAUUCUGGAGAUUCUAAUUCAUGUAUUUAAUGUGUUGAUUCUAACAUUUCAAAUAGAGUAUUUUAUAAUAACACUUGUAAAUGUUUAUUUGGAUAUUUUGACAACGGUUAAUCAAUUAAGUGUUAAAAGUGUGAUGUUCAAUGUUUAACUUGUAUUAAUCAAUCUUAUUAAUGUUUAUCAUGUCCAUAAACAAGAAAAUUAGAAACUAAUUGUAAAUGUUAAUAAGGAUAUUAUGAUAUUGGAUAACAACUUUGUUUAAAAUGUAAUUCUAUUUGUUCUGCAUGUGAAUUUACACCUAAUAAUUGCACUUAAUGUGAUUCUGAUUAAUUUAGAGAACUUAAUGAUAUUACUAAAACUUGUGAUUGUUAAACUGGUUAUCUUGAACUUAAUGGAAUUUGUUAAUAAUGUGAUCAAAGUUGUAAAACAUGUUCAUAAUAAUUGAAUUACUGUACAUCUUGUGUAUAGUUUCGAAAAUUAAAUAGCAAUAAUUGUAUUUGUGUUGAUGGCAUGUAUGAAUCAAUUUAAGAUAAAUAAUGUAAAUUAUGUAAUAAAACAUGUUUAACAUGUGCUUAUUCAGAUUAAUAUUGUCUAACUUGUUCAAUUGAUAAUUUUAGAAUAUUUAAAUCUGGAAAUACAUGUGAAUGUAUAUAAGGAUACUAUGAAAAUUAAAUAACUUAUGCAUGUGAAUAAUGUUCAAAAUCUUGUUUAACUUGUUCAUAAUAAUAUAAUAUUUGUUUAACAUGUGAUACAACUCUUAAUAUGUCUUUGAUAAAUAAUCAAUGUUUAUGUUCGUAAUCCUAUUAUUUUGAUUCUUUAACUAGUUCAUGUUAAUGUAAUAUAAUUAUAUAAUUAUUUAGAAUGUAAUUUUACUUGUUUGGAUUGUCAAAAUUAGAAUGAAUGUAUAUCAUGUAAAUUAACAACAAGACAUUUAGAUUAAGAUUAAAAGAAAUGCAUAUGCAAUGAUGGCUAUUAUGAAAUAAACUAAGCAAAUUGUUAAUGUAUUUAAUUUAUUAACUACUUUAAGAAUGUCAUUUAUCUUGUGAAACCUGUAUUAAUAUUGAUACUAAUUGUUUAAGUUGUAUGAAUUUAUCGAAUAGAAUAUUAACUAAUAAUUAAUGUUUAUGUAUAUAAGGAUAUUAUGAUGCAGGAAUUGAAAUAUGUUAAAAAUGUAAUGGUAAAUGUAAAACAUGUGAAUCAUCUGCUUCAACUUGUUUAUCUUGUUACGAAAUUGAACAAAAUAGAUAUUAAUCAAUAGAUUAAUGUUUAUGUAAAUCUGGAUAUUUUGAAUCUAAUUCAGAUAUCUGUUAAAGUAAUCUAUAUUAAUUAAUAAUUUAGAAUGUUCAAAUGAAUGUCUUACAUGUUAAGGGUCACCUGAUUAUUGUACAAGUUGCGAUAUCAAUUCGAAAAGAAUAGAUUAAUCAUUUAUUCACAAAUGUCCGUGCAUAAUUGGAUUUUAUCAGGAUCAAAAUUAAAUUUGUUAAAGUAAAUAUAUAAUUUAUUUAAAGAAUGUCAUUAUAAAUGUUAAACUUGUAUAAAUGUAAGUGAUUAAUGUUUAAGUUGUAAGUUUGAAUUAAAUUCAAAUAGAAAAUCUUUAUCUGAUUUUUGUAAUUGUAAAGAAGGCUAUUACGAUGAUGGAACUUAAUUAUAAUGCUAAAAAUGCAAUGUUAGAUGUAAAAGUUGUCUAAAUGAUCCAAAUAACUGUUAAGUUUGUUCAAAUUCAAUACGAAGUAAUCCUCCAAAAUGUCAUUGUAUUGAUGGUUAUUAUGAAGAUAUAUAAUUGACUUGUUAAAGUAUUUAUUAUUCUUAAAAAUAAGUGUGUACUUAUUAAUGUAGCACUUGUGCGACUUAACCAUAAAACUGUUUGACUUGUAAACCAGGAAGAUCUGGAAAUGAUUGUAAAUGUAGCGAUGGAUAUUUUGAAAAUGGAUCCAUAUUUUGCGAUUGUAUUAAUUCUUAUCAAUUUAAUUAGAAUGUGCAUUUUAAUGCGCUACUUGUAAUAAUUCUUCAUAGAAUUGUAACAAAUGUAAAGGAAAUAGAAUUCAAGAACCUUAAUGCAUUUGUUAACCAGGCUAUUUUGAUGAUCAAUUAAAUGAAGAUUGUUAAUUAUGUGAUAGUUCCUGUUUGGAAUGUAAUAAAAUUGGAUGUUUAUCUUGUAAUGCCAAUAGAAUAAUAAAUGAUGAUAUGGAUUGCGUGCCUCCACCGAAUUCAAUUUGGUAUGUUAGUACUCCUUGGUGUUCAAGUAAGUUAAUUCAAUAUGUUUAUAGCUUGUUAGGUUGCAGUUAUUAAAGCAUAUUUAUCAGAUGAUAUUAGUAAAAUUAUUAUUCAUUUUGAUUUCCCUUUAAAUUCAAAGGCAUUUAACUCAUAAUUUGAAUUAAAUAAAUGUUUGUAGUUAUUUGAAUUAGAAUCUGUUUCAAGCUUUGGUUUAAAUUGCAACUGUUUUCUUAAUCCAGAUGAUAAUCAACAAUUAUUAAUAUCAUUAGGAGAAAACUCAAAAAUAAAUGUAGGUGAUGAGUUAUUAUUUCUAAGUAAUACUUUAUCCCAUUUUAAUUGUGAAACUACUUUAAACAAGUUUAUUUUUCCAACAUUAUAAUUGCCAUUAAGCCCUUUUGCUCCAUAAAUUGAAUAUAAUGUACCUCUAUAUAAACUAAAUCCUUAUACAGAAAACUCUGUUUACUUGAAAUCAAUAAAAAACCAUGGAUUUAGAAAAUUAACUAAUAUUAUUUGGACUUUUUAAGCGGAAACCAGUUAAAAUGCAGAAGCCUUGAAUGAUUUCAUUACUUAAAUCAACUUACUUUAGGAAUAGAAUUUGCUCAUACCUAAACUUACAUUACCAGCCGAUGCUAUCCUUAAAUUUAAAAUCCAAUAUCAAAAUUUCAUCAGUAUUCAUUCAUAAUCAGAAUUUACUAUAUAAACUCAUUCAGGAAGCCUUCCAUACAUUGAUAUAACUGUAAAACCUUAAUAUUUCGUAUAUGAGACAAUUAUUGUAGGGUUAUCUGCUAGCACUUUAUAUUAAUCAAAUUAAACUGAUAGUUCAAAAUAUUUAAUUGAAAUUAGCGAAAUUGAUAGAUAUCCUAAAAGGUCCUUCUCAUCUCAACUAAAUAAAUCAAUAUAAUCUAAUGCAUUUGAAAAAAUUCAAGCUAACAUCCUAAAAUAUACAUUAAGUCCUAAUACAACAUAUACAUUCUAAGUAACAGCAACGAAUUUAAAUAUUAAUAAGGUUCAAUAAUAAAAUUUGAGUAUUUACAUCCCAUAUGCUGGAUUAAUCUGCAAAUUUAAUAACAAAGGAAUUCAGAGUAUUAGAAAGGAUCUCAAUUUAUAGAUACUAUGCAGAGAUUUAGACACAGUAUUUGAAUGGAAUACUGAUCCAGAUUUGUAUGUUCAAGUAGGCUGUAAGGAUUUAACUUUAAAUAGUACUUGCAUAAAUUAAUAAAAAUAAAUAAUUAAUGCCAAUGUCACAGAUACAUUUUAGUUUAUUAAAAAGAAUUCAAUUUCUUCUUUAACUGUGUAGGAAUGGUAAGUCAUAGUAACCAAAUUUGACUAAAUUUACAAAUUUACAUAAAUUAUAGUCUUUCUUGAAGAUGAUUUCCCUGUUUUAGAUUUGGAAUUUAAUUAGGGUUACUUAAUGAGAUAAGUUAAUAAUUAUGAAUAGCUCAAUUUUACAUUUCUUAUCCCAUUCAAUUAAAAACCAUAGUUAUUAGAUCUAUCAAUUGCGCUUAUAUACAACUAUCAGAUAAUAACAAUACUGUAACCUAAAUAUUUCUCUCAUUAAUUUAAGUUAUUUAAUAGUCUAUAAGAAUUAAAAUUGGGCAAUAGUAUUAAUCUUAAAUUUACAGCAUAAUAUACAAAUAAUAUCAUGCCUAGUCUCAAUUCCAUAAAACUAACUAUCAAUCAACCUCCUAUCUGUUCAAAAUUAAUUAUUACUCGUUCUAAUGAUUUAGCACUUGCAAAUAUAAUGGUUACUACCACUUGUUAAUAUUCAGAAGAUUCUCCUUAUAAAUAUGAGCUGAGAGUAUUUUUGAGAGAAUAAGAUUUAACAGAUUUUUUGAAAGGUUCAUCUGAUAAUUCCUUAAUUCUUUAUCCAUAUUAAUCAUAAACUCAAUUUUAGAUUUAAAUUCCUACUUCAGUAGAUUCUUCAAAAAUUGGACUUUUAUUAUAAGUGCUUGAUUAAGGAGGGUCAAUAACUCCUAUUUAUGAGUUGAUUAGUUCAUCCCCUGCAAAAAUAAAUUGCUCCUUAAUUUCAUUUACAAAUUUGAAUUUACAAAGCAAGAUUUCAUUGUUAUUUGAAGCGUUGAAUUAAAAAUGUAAUUAGUUGCAUAGUUAAAUUUACCUUGAUUUGCUUUACCAAUAAAUUUUGCCAGAUUAGAAUGAUAAUAUCCUAAAAUUUUAAGCCAUAAAAUUAUAUAGGUAGUUUUUAAUCUAGUUUGGAUAGGCUAAACCUAAAAAUCGUUUAUUAUUUGAAUCAAAUUAAAAAGGAUGCUAUGAUACAAAUUCAACUCAUUUCUUUAUUACAUAGAAUUAGGAUGUAUCUAAUUCUAAUUCAACAACAAAGAUAGAAGAGUUGUAAGAUAAUGUUAAGAAAUUAGAUUCAUCAUUUAAAUAUUUUAGUGGAAUGAAAAAGCAAAGUGAAGAUGGGCUCAAUGAGAAUAAUUAUGCUUGGAAUUAAGAGCUUUUCUAAUAAUUAUCAAACUUCUAAGGAGGUUUAAUAAAUCUAUUAUACUUUGUUGAUGAAUUGUAUUCUAACUUUUUAUCAGCAAAUACAACAAAUGAAACAAUUUACUCAAGUAUUGUUGAAUUGUUAAAGUAUAAAAGUUCAAUAAUAGAGGAAAUAUAGAAUAAAAUUAUUGUUAACGAUUAACCAUUAUACAUUGAAGGGAAAGAUAUGAUUUUUUAACUCAAAAAAAGAACAAAAAAGAUCUUCAAUUAAUAAUUUAAUAUUGAACCAGCUUUUGAAGACUAUAUAAUAGACUUUAUUCAAUGUGAAUCAACAUUUCUUACAAUAAAUCCAUUAAUAUUCAGUCCAGAAUAAGAUAAAAUUCUCUAAUAACAUUUUAAUGACAAAACUAUGCAAAUAUUGUCAGAUAAUUACUACUUAAUAAAAUUAUUCAAUGUUAUUAAAAACAGAUAUAUAGGCUAUGAAAAUAUUUCAUCUUAGUUUGGCACUAAGUUUGGAACAUAUGAGAUCUGCUCUAAUCAAUCGUAAAAAAUUAAAGAAUUUGAGAUAUUGUGUAUUUCAAGAGCAGUCUCUGGAGGAUAUCAUAAAUGUAAUUUAAAUAAAGUUGAAAAUAAAGAAAAUGUUGAAUUAACUUGUGAAUGCAAGAGUUUGGGGGAAAUAUUUUUAAUUUCUUCUACAAAUUUUAGUUUUGUAGAAGUAUUUAAUAAUAGCACAGAUGAAACUGCUUUUGAUAUCACUUCAUUCUAAGAUGACUUCUUUAUUUUAAUCAUAUGUACAAGUUCAUUGACUAUAAUACUUUUUGGAACUUAUAUUUUUUAAUUAAUCAGAGACUUUAGACAUAAUUCAGAUGAUAUAAAUUUAUCAGAAGCUGGUAGCGUAAAGGUAGAUGUAAAUAAAAUGAUGUACAAAGGAAAUUCUACACUUUUCAAAAAAAAAUUCAAAGUAAAUUUUAAUUUAAUUAUUAGGAUAUUCAUCAAGUCAUUUCACUUGCUUAUUACAAAGACUAUUAAAUUAAAUUCAGUUAUAGAAUUUUAGAAGUCAUUUCCUAAAUUAGCUUAUUGUUAACAUUUAAUAUUAUUGAGUUUUAUUUGUAAAAUCUUAACAUACCCCUGAUAUUUGCUUUUAUGAUUGUUAACCCUAUUAUUGUUUUUAUUCUGAGAAUAGUUUAUAAAAUUAUUGAAGCUAUAUAUAGAUUCAGAAAAAUUCCUGCAAUAAUAAGUUCGCUAAUUCUAAUCAUGAUAUUAAUAUUACCGAAUAUAAUCCUCAUUAUUAUUCACAGAAUAAGGUAAUUAUCAAUUAUAAUUUAGAUUGGAAGCUCAAUCAGAGAUAUAUAUAAUGGUUAUUAUUUUCGUUGUGAAUAUUGUAAUUUCAUAAACAGUGAUUGAAGCAAUUUCAAUAUUCGGAAGAAUUGUAGUUUAUAGAAUAAUAGCCUCAAGCCUCAAAUCAAUGGAUUUUAACCCAUUAUUUCUUUUGAUGCAUUUUUUUGUUCUACACAAUAGUCUUGAGGAUAUUUUUGACGAGUUUUUAAAAAUUUGA